AUGUGGCGCAGGGUAGCAAGAACGGUUACAUGUAGAAGAUGGGCACACGGCGGGAGCUACAAACAGUGGCACGAGCUUGGGCUGGAUGAGCAGCAGCGGUUUGCGCGGGACUUUGUGGAGAACUACCGCGCGCAGUACCCGGGGUCCAAGACCAAUGUGUCGCUGCGCGGGCUAACGCUGAACAUGGAAGAGCACGGGGAUGCGCCGGCUGUAUUUGGCAUUUUCUACAACGAUAUAUGGCGCCUGCGCCAGCAGCGGGAGGCGGCCCUGUACGGGGCCGGGCAGCGGGUGCCUGCCGGCAGCGCUGUGCGCGAGCACGGGCGCUUCGCGCACGAGAGCUUCCACGACCUGCUGGUCGAGAUAGAGUCUGCAGAAUGA